AUGGACACAUCAAAAGUUUUGGAUACAGCAACGCUCGUAGACCAAGCAACACUUUCGGACACAGAAUCAAUCGAGGACACAUUGUCAGUCUCUGAUACAGCAUCAGUCUCGGACAUAGUCUCAGUCACUGAAAAUGUCAUGGAACUGUUAGAACUGGCAACCGAUUGGCCCUUUUACAAAGAAGUCUUUCGACUGUUCACUUCUCAGUGGAAACACCCCGGUACAACAGCUAAAUUAAAGCGUAUCUAUGUUAUAAAGAAUCGCAAAGACCCAAAACUUCAACUUCGGUUUCAUGGAACACGGCGCGCCUGUACUAUCGGAAGUGGUUCUCUAGAUCCAUGUGACAAGCCAGAGUGUAAUCUCUGCAACAUUUUGAAGGAGGGAUUUUUACUUGAACGGGCCAAAGCCAGUCGAUAUGCGAAGAACUUGAAGGGCCACGUUUCAUCCGACGAAUAUGUCCUGAUCCUCUGCGGUGUUGACCCUGGUCAAUCUAAAGACAUGGCAACCGCCGGGGAUCCAGGAGAAUGUGAUACGGCAGAGGGCUUGACUUUUGCUAAGGGGGGCCAGCUUCAUUAUCAAGAAACUUUUGUCCGUUGCUCAUCACGGAUUACGCCACUCGGUCUUGUGGUGUAUUCGCGGACUCCUUAG